UGAAAAUUUGCCGAAAUUAAAACCAUUAAUUAUCUAAUAUGUUUUUCCAAAACUGCUUAUCAUCUAAAAGCCUUUCUUGAUUAUGGAUGAAUGAACAGAACACUUUAUUUGCCGCUUUUCAGCGUUCACAAGGCAUAACCAAGACUCCCGCAUCCAAACCCCUUCCUUGAUUACAUUUUAUAAUUUCUUCCCUCUGAUCUAGACAAAGAGUCAAACGCUGCACAAGAACUGACACUUAUUUUCGAAUUAAUUGUCAUUGGUCAGUCUGAGUUUUGAAAAUUAUCUUGACUGGAAAAAUGGUGGCCACUGGAGCAGCUAUUGCCGCUGGAACAGCAGCAACAAUUGUCACUGGAGGUCUUGCAGGUCCAGCAGUGGUCAGCAGUGUUCCAGCUGUGGCUGGUGGAGUUUCAACUGCUCUUGGAACUGCUGCAACUACUGGUACUGCUGCAGCAGGUGCAGUGACAGGACCAGCAGCAGUGGCGGCUGUUCUUUCUGGGCCUGUGGGUUGGGCUCUGCUGGGAGCAGAACGAAAGAAGAAUUAA